AUGCAGGUCCCCAACGUAACUCUGGAUGACCUCCAGGCCUUCCACUCCAAGCACUUUCCAGGCAAACCACAGCCCACCCUCCCACAAGAAAAUGACGAGCCCGCAGAGGAGGACCUCGGAUACUAUCCCGACGGAGUGAAGCGCACGCUCACAGAUGAGCAGAUUCGCAUAUUUAGGCACAGUGAGAUUCAUGCCCUGCUCCGACAGAAGCAAUUGCAGAUAGAGAAUGCAGAGUACGAAGCUCGCAUGGCAUCCACCGGAGACAACACACCUGCUGCGAACAGCCCAACCGAAGAUACCAAGGCUGCUCCUCGCGCUGCUGAUACUCAUGCACAUCAACGGGGACAAAGGAACUCCAAGAAACGUGUCGCUGAGGACAUCAACUCUGAGCCUCUUGAUUACGGUGACGAGAGCUCUGAUCAACCUCCGGCGAAGAGGCCAGAGUCGCGGGUGCCAUACCAGGGUCGCAGGAUCAUCUCUUAUGAUGAUUGA